UAAGUAAAUCCCCGAGUGCCCAGUUACUACGACUCAUUUCUUCGGCCCGUCGUGUUCGCCAUGGAUAGAAGUUCGCAGGACUUGGAGCUCUACACCAUCCCCAGCUACUCCAGUUGGUUCUCUUGGAAUAACAUUCACGAAGUGGAGAGGUUUUCACUGAGAGAGUUUUUCGACGGAAGCUCAGUCACCAGGUCACCUAGAAUCUACAAGGAGUACAGGGAUUUCAUCAUCUCCAAGUACAGGGAAGACCCUUCGAGGAAACUGACUUUCACCGAGGUGCGGAAGUCACUGGUCGGUGACAUUAGCGUUCUCCUUAAAGUUUUCACGUUUUUGGAGAAAUGGGGUCUCAUUAAUUUCAACGUUGCUGAUAAUAGUGAGAAAAAUAGUUAUGAGGGAAGUGCCAGGACGGCGUCGUUUGGGGUUGAGGAGGAAGAAGAUAAUUGGAGGGGUAGGGUGAAGGUGGAAGAAGGAGCCCCAUAUGGGGUGAGGGUGGUAGCGGCGCCAAAUUCUAUGAAACCUAUAAUAGCGCCUCCCCCGCCUCCGUCUGUGGCGGUGGAUGGUGGUGGGUUUGUUGGGGAAGUGGGAGAAAGUGGGUUCAAAUGGCCGCCGUUGGCUUCGUAUUCUGAUGUUUAUGGGGAGUUGAUGCAGCAGGAGAAGAAGAAGGCUUUGGUGUGUGGAAGCUGUAAAGAGAAUUGUGAUUCGGCCCACUAUCAAUACACGAAGGAAGGGAGCUUUGUUCUUUGUGAGAAGUGCUUCAAAAGUGGUAAUUAUGAUAAGAACAAACUGGCAGAUGAUUUCAAGUAUAAAGAUAGUGCGAAUCAGGCAGCUGCUUGGACAGAUGCAGAAACUCUACUUCUUUUAGAAUCUGUUUUAAAGCAUGGAGAUGAUUGGGAUCUUGUUGCUAAGAAUGUUCAGACAAAAAGUAAACUGGAAUGUAUCGCAAAGCUUAUAGAACUGCCUUUUGGCGAUCUUAUGCUUGGGGCUGGCAAUAGAAAGAGUAGAUAUCUGGAUGUAAUUGGUGAUAUUACUAAUUCUAGACAAUCAGGGUUAGCUUCUAAUGAAUCACAAGAAUCAGUGAAGGCAGAAGACCCGGGCCCCGAAGUUAAGGAUAAGGAACAGAGCCGUGAGCUUACUGAUACGGACCAGAGCCCUGAGCUUAAGGAUAAUGAUAACAGCGCUGAGCAUAAGGAUGAGGAUCUCAGCCCUGAGCUUAAGGAUGAGGAUCAGCAGAAGGGAGAUGCCAAAAAUGAAGGUCCACCACUGAAAAGAUUGCGUACUGGACCAACUUCAGAUGUUGGAAAUUCUUUGAUGAAACAGGUAGCUCGCAUCUCAACAAUGUUGGGCCCACAUGUUACAGCUUCUGCAGCUGAUGCUGCUGUUACUGCUCUUUGCUAUGAGAACCAGUGUUCAAGAGAAAUAUUUGACGAUGAUGAUAAUUAUGUUGACUCAAAAGCAUCUCCUGAAACUAGUGAUCAAAGGAGAGUGGCUGAAGUUGAUAAUUCAGUAGAAGAGGAAGAGCCCAAUCAAUCAGAAAUUCAGGGGAUAUCCUGUGUAAAGAGUAUAAUACCACAGAAUUUGAGAACAAGGGCUGCAACUGCAACAGCACUUGGUGCUGCUGCUGCAAAUGCUAAGUUGUUAGCUGAUCAAGAGGAGAGAGAGAUAGGACAGUUGGUGGCUACAAUGAUUGAAGCCCAGCUCACUAAAUUGCAGCGCAAGCUGAAGUACUUUGAUGAUCUGGAGCAAAUUAUGGGGAAGGAACAUGCUCAACUCGAGGAACUCGAGGAAUCUCUAAUAGCGGAGCGAAUUAAUGUCUUGCAAAGGAUAUUUUCUGCUGGUAUUACCAAACCAAAGGAGCAAACCUCAACGAUGCAUCAAACUGAUGUGGUUCAGUAAAACUAGUUGAGAUGUGGUCGUCUCUUGUUGUUUGUAUAACUAAGUUCAAUCAGUUGCAUUAGAAAAGAUAAAAUUAGGUGAAAAACAUUUGAAUCUUUUCCAUUCAUUUAAUCUUUAGCUAGACUCCUUUUGCUAUUUGAAUUAUAUUAAAUUAUUAAUUCAAGAUCAAUAGAUUAAAUGUAUCUAUAUGGUCAA